AUGGAGACGCAUCAGCCACGUCGCAUCGCAGGGUGCUAUCAUGCCGAUCAUCCGCAUCAUGCGCAUAAUGCGCUGCAUCCCAUCGUCCCGCGCGCAGUCUUCCUUCGCCGGAAUUUCGGCGGCGAGCAUGGCGUCGCCUACCGUCCCUAUCCUGGUCAUGGUGGGCUGGAUGACUUGCGCGAAUGCCCGCAGUCUGGCGGCAGUUGGCAGCUUCAUCCCGUCGCUGGUUGGGAUGUUGAGGGCGCAUCAGAUCUUGAUUCUGAUCCUGUGGUAGCUUAUACUGUCAGCCCGCCCAAAGCUCGUGAGAAGCAAGUGUGCAACGCCAUCGCGUCGUGCCUGUUCGCCGCCAACGCCAUGUGCGACUGGCGCGACUCCCACCCGCAGGGAGCAGAGAGCGUGCUCGGCUUGGACGUCCGCUGUACCAUGCCGUCCCUCCACGAGUCUUGGGAGAAGCGCGGCAUCUUUUUCCUGAUGGAGCGCAGCGGGCGAGCUCCCUCCACGGAUUGGGAGAGCUUCGGGGGACCGCAGAGCUACAAGCCGAAGACCGUGACGGUCACUGUGCCGCCCCACUUGAUGAAGUUCCUCUCUCCCAGCGCAGCUGCCCGCCUGCAGGGCGGCUGCAGUGGCCGCCUGCUGAACUUGCACUCUGCUCGACCAAACGGCCAGGCAGACGUGAAGGCGAACCUGAAGGCACAACUGAAGGCACAAUGGAAGGCAGACCUGAAGGCAACAAGCCAUUCCUGCUUCCAACCGUCCCUGCUUCCAACCGUCCCUGCUUCCAACCGUCCCUGCUUCCAACCGUCCCUGCUUCCAACCGUCCCUGCUUCCAACCGUCCCUGCUUCCAACCGUCCCUGCUUCCAACCGUCCCUGCUUCCAACCGUCCCUGCUUCCAACCGUCCCUGCUUCCAACCGUCCCUGCUUCCAACCGUCCCUGCUUCCAACCGUCCCUGCUUCCAACCGUCCCUGCUUCCAACCGUCCCUGCUUCCAACCGUCCCUGCUUCCAACCGUCCCUGCUUCCAACCGUCCCUGCUUCCAACCGUCCCUGCUUCCAACCGUCCCUGCUUCCAACCGUCCCUGCUUGCUUCCAACCGUCCCUGCUUGCUUCCAACCGUUCCUGCUUGCUUCCAACCGUCCUGCUUGCUUCCAACCGUUCCUGCUUGCUUCCAACCGUUCCUGCUGCUUCCAACCGUUCCUGCUUCCAACCGUUCCUGCUUCCAACCGUUCCUGCUGCUUCCAACCGUUCCUGCUUGCUUCCAACCGUUCCUGCUUGCUUCCAACCGUUCCUGCUUGCUUCCAACCGUUCCUGCUUGCUUCCAACCGUUCCUGCCUGCUUCCAACCGUUCCUGCCUGCUUCCAACCGUUCCUGCCUGCUUCCAACCGUUCCUGCCUGCUUCCAACCGUUCCUGCCUGCUUCCAACCGUUCCUGCCUGCUUCCAACCGUUCCUGCCUGCUUCCAACCGUUCCUGCCUGCUUCCAACCGUUCCUGCCUGCUUCCAACCGUUCCUGCCUGCUUCCAACCGUUCCUGCCUGCUUCCAACCGUUCCUGCCUGCUUCCAACCGUUCCUGCCUGCUUCCAACCGUUCCUGCCUGCUUCCAACCGUUCCUGCCUGCUUCCAACCGUUCCUGCCUGCUUCCAACCGUUCCUGCCUGCUUCCAACCGUUCCUGCCUGCUUCCAACGUUCCUGCUGCUUCCAACCGUUCCUGCCUGCUUCCAACCUUCCUGCCUGCUUCCAACCGUUCCUGCCUGCUUCCAACCGUUCCUGCCUGCUUCCAACCGUUCCUGCCUGCUUCCAACCGUUCCUGCCUGCUUCCAACCGUUCCUGCCUGCUUCCAACCGUUCCUGCCUGCUUCCAACCGUUCCUGCCUGCUUCCAACCGUUCCUGCCUGCUUCCAACCGUUCCUGCCUGCUUCCAACCGUUCCUGCCUGCUUCCAACCGUUCCUGCCUGCUUCCAACCGUUCCUGCCUGCUUCCAACCGUUCCUGCCUGCUUCCAACCGUUCCUGCCUGCUUCCAACCGUUCCUGCCUGCUUCCAACCGUUCCUGCCUGCUUCCAACCGUUCCUGCCUGCUUCCAACCGUUCCUGCCUGCUUCCAACCGUUCCUGCCUGCUUCCAACCGUUCCUGCCUGCUUCCAACCGUUCCUGCCUGCUUCCAACCGUUUCCUGCCUGCUUCCAACCGUUCCUGCCUGCUUCCAACCGUUCCUGCCUGCUUCCAACCGUUCCUGCCUGCUUCCAACCGUUCCUGCCUGCUUCCAACCGUUCCUGCCUGCUUCCAACCGUUCCUGCCUGCUUCCAACCGUUCCUGCCUGCUUCCAACCGUUCCUGCCUGCUUCCAACC